GGCUGUGUACGGAAAUCGGGACUGUUGGGCUGUGUUAGGAAAAACGGGAGUGUUAGGCAGGAUAAAGGCUGUCUUGGGGGAACGAAUGUGCCGGCACUCUAGCAAACGCUCUCCUUCCCGAAGUCUGUAGCCCAAUGACAGCAGGGGGCCCGGUAAUACAAGGAAAAAGACACCUCUCAAAAUCUCAAAUGCACAUUUUAUGAUUGUUAAAGCAUGUGGAUGUAAAAGCAAGAUCUCAAAUGAUGAUGAACCCUUUCUGGAACAUGUCGUCAGCUGCUGUUCGCAAGAGAUCUGAUAAUGAUGAGAAGAUUGCGACAGGAGACCAAAAGAUAAGCCCGCCUCGUUCUUCUUCUGCCAAGAAACAACUACCUUCUAUACCCAAGAAUGCAGUUCCUAUCACAAAGCCCAUAUCCCCAUCCCCAUCUGUACAGCCCACUAAUGGGACCCACGCAUCUUAUGGUCCUUUUUAUCUGGAGUACUCCCUUCUAGCAGAGUUCACAUUGGUGGUAAAGCAGAAGUUGCCUGGUGUUUAUGUGCAGCCUUCAUACCGCUCAGCAUUAAUGUGGUUUGGUGUCAUAUUUAUAAGACACGGACUUUACCAGGAUGGCGUAUUUAAAUUCACGGUUUAUAUUCCUGAUAACUACCCUGAUGGUGAAUGUCCGCGGCUUGUGUUUGACGUCCCAGUCUUUCACCCAUUAGUUGACCCAGUUUCUGGGGAGCUGGAUGUUAAACGCGCAUUUACAAAAUGGAGGAGAAACCAUAAUCACAUAUGGCAAGUGCUGAUGUAUGCACGCAGAAUAUUCUACAAAAUAGACACUACCAGUCCGCUAAAUCCAGAAGCUGCUGUACUAUAUGAGAAGGAUGUUCAGCUAUUCAAGAGCAAGGUGGUAGACAGUGUUAAACUAUGCAACAGCCACUUGUUUGACCAGCCUAAAAUUGAGGAUCCCUAUGCAAUUAUUUUCUCUCCCUGGAACCCAGUACUGCACGAUGAUGCCAGAGAAAGAAUGUUAGCACAAAAAAAGAAGUCAGAAGAGCAAAGCAAAGGUCUCCAUGUGUCUGGCCUGUCUUGGGUGAAGCCUGGCUCUGUUUUACCCUUCAGCAAAGAGGAGAAUUCAUUGCAGACCUAGUGAUCUUGGGAAUAGUAGCCCAGCAGAUAUGGGCUAAUGGCUAGUACUGGCACUGACUUUAUGGAAGAGCAAGUACCUCAAUGACUCUCAAGAGAUUUGGCUUUUUUCCCACUUGGAUUUUUACCAUGAAUUUGCAUUUUAACUCCUGGAAAUGUAGGAUUUUUUUGUUUUGAUUUUUAAAUUCCUUUACUGAUGAUGCAACGCUUCCAUACAUCAGCCAUGUUGAAAAGCGAGUUAUUUUAUUAGCGGAGCUUGCCUGCUCUCCUUCCCUCAUACUACUAUUGCAGUGGCGUGUGUGGCUUAGCUUGUGGCUUCUGAGCGGGGAAGCCCUUGUGACUGACGCAAUCAAAAGACUUGUCACUAAAUCAGAGGAGGGCCGGGUGGACAAAGAAAAGUCUGGGUAUAACUUUUCCUGGAGAAGCUAUGCUCAUUAUACACUAAAUAAGAUCUGUAGUAUUUAACUGUUUUAAUUUUUUUUUUUUUUUGUAAAUAUUGUUAGUAUAAAUAAUUUGUAUAUAUCUUGUUUGAUAAUUCCACAUCUAGCACUUUGCGGGGAAUGCGGGAAGUUAUGGUUUUGAAACUGUGGUCUUAAGAUACUUGGGCACUUUUACCCCCUGUAGGGCACCACUGCUAACUCUACAGUUGGUAAGUGUUAAAGGAGCAGACACCUUUUUUUUGUCACUGGAGCACACAUCAGUCUUAAUAGGGAAACCAACAUUGAUAAACUGCAUUUUUUUUAAUGGUCACGUCCUCCAAACUGUGUUUUAUUUGGUUACCACUAAUAAAAUGACUCAAUUUGGGCAUAUUGUUGGAUUCCCUUACUGUUUUAUUCACACAGAUCCUUCUGCAGUGACUAAUGUGUGUUUUUCAAGUGACCAAAGUGAAGAUGUUAUUGUGCUAACAUGGAAACAUUUAUUGAUGUCUGUUUGCAUUCUCACACACAAACCUAAUGUAGCAUUGCAUUGGAAACAUCCAUUACGCAAAUAUAAGCUUUAAGUUGCUGUCUCCAUAGGGCUCUAUAGCAGCCCGAAUAAACACAAUAGCCUUAUAAUGGUGUUGCACCCUUUACUAAUGUUGCCGACAGAGCAAUAUAUUCAGCAGAAAGGGUGGCGUUAUACAUGCAUGCUAUGUUCCUUUCUAUACACUAAAGUUUUGCAGUUUCAUUGAGGUUUCUUAAUAGCCUGCUGUUUGAAUGGUGAUUCAAAAUCCCAAAUUUGGAAUAAAGGAUUCUAAAGCCCAGCAACUACAGACUAAUGCAAUGUUCUUUUUAUAAGGGUAAUAGUUUUUUUUUUCCAUUUGUUAAGUACAAGCACCAGGUUCUUGCUUGAAUCAUGCUCCCAGAAUAAACUCCUGUUUACAAUGAAUGUACUUCAGAAUAUUUUCAGUGCAUACAGAACCAUGGCAUACAAUAAAUGUAAAGUCUUUUCACCA